CAUACAUACGUACACACAUACGUAACGGUAAAAUAAACUGUUAUGGCGGAGUGAGUUGGAAUGUGUUGGAAUGUGUCGGAAUGUUGAUGAUCGGUAUAAAUAAAUAUUAAAGAAAAUUGUAUAACUAAUCAGUAAAGAUACAUUGUGAAGACAGUCGCGUUUACGCACUUACGAUUUUUUGAGAACAAUUUAAGCAUUCAUUGAGAAAACAGGGAAGAUACAUCAGAUACACGUGUUGCUCCGAAAAGAUCGAAGUGUACUUCAAACAAUAAUGUCAAUAAUUCUGCAGUUUAAUUGUCUGACGCAGAACGAGACUGCGAGAAAAGCAAUGGAGAGCUACGUUGAAAUCUUACAAAAAGCAUUUGAACAUUAUCAAAAUUUGUGGGAAAAUUAUAUAAAAUUGCAGGAAAAGUAUAAACAGUGUAAUGCACUGCAUUCUUCGUCUCAAGUGACGAUUGAUACAAAAAUAAAAAAUGAAGCAACUUCGCAACAGUCGCAACAGUCGAAUAACGCUGAUGGACAAGAAAAUAAUAGUACUCCAUCUUAUAUUCCAUUAUUGAGAUUAGUUACAAAUUCGAUUGAUCUUAAUUCCGAUACAAAACCGAGUCUGUCAGAUACAAGUGAAUUUUUGCACAAAGAUACCAACGAAAAUAAUCGGCCAGAAAGUCCAAUAUUUUCUAAAAUAUGUGCAAAAACUGGCGCUAAAUCUGCAAAGAAAUUGCGUUUAUCUAAAAUGUUAUGCAGUGACUCAACUUCAGAUAUGAAGACACAUCAUGGUGAAAAAGUUUCUUCAAAGUAUGAUCACAAAUUAGAAAUUAGUACAACACAUCAUGUGGAAACCACAUUUUUACCAGAUGGAAAAAGAUUGAAGCAAUCUCGACUUGCAUUUCAUCCAGUCAAAAGUAACGAAAAUACUAUAUUAGCCUCAAGUAUACAUAAACAUAAGCCAGCUAGUAGAUUGUAUAAUGUCGAACAGAGUUUUACUGAAGAAAAUUCUAUAGUAAAUGCUAAAGAAAUUUCUACUAAAAAUACAAGUAUUACUGCAAGUACUGAAAAAAGUGCUACAAAUAACAGUACUGAAAUUUCUGAGGAUGUGAUAGAAGUCAGUCCUACACAGAGAAAUAUUACAUCUAAAGUUAAGCGACGUUUAAAAUUGAAGAGGAAAAAUCUUGCAAGACUUAUAAUAAAAAAUUCUCCGAAUAAAAAUAAAUAUCUUAAUCAUAGACCUGAUCCUAGUGUUGUUCCAGAGAUAAUAAAUGUAGAUUUUGGGUUAUGUCCUUCGCCGAAAUAUACUUCUACACAAAUAGAUGAUGAUAAAUCCUUAAUGAAUACUACAGUUAAUACAGCGAAAGAUAAAGUUAGCACACAUUAUCUUUCACCAAUAAAAAUAGAUAAUAAAACCAAUGUUCAAAUUAAAAAAUCUAUUGAAGCUCAAAAGGAAGAUCUAUUAUUAAUACAGAAUCUUAAUAAAGACUUUGCCUACGAAGAUGAAUUUUUUGAUGUACCAGUAACUACAAAGAAAAAUGACAUGGAUAAUUUAAAGGACGAAAUACGUUCGGAUGAUUCAGAAAACAAGCCACCUGAAAAAAAGAUGUUGAAUAAAUUUAAUGUAUUUCCAAAAAGAAAGGCAGAUGUUUCAGAACAGCUCAACAUGCGAUGUAAAGCUGAUAGAGAAAAAUUAAAUGGUUUGGAUUGCUGGGAAUGCAGAAAAUAUUAUCAGAAUUUAUCACUGUCAAAAGAAGAAUUAAAAAAACGAUUGAACCAAUGCUCACGACAUCGACACAAGUACGAGAGGCCAAGUACACCAGAAGGUUUUUGGGAUCCAGAAUUUCCUGAGACGUUGUCAUGCAUUUAUCAACAAGAAAAUUGAAGUAUGUUUUGUCAUUUAAAUCUAAUUUCUCAAGAUUUUAACAUGACUUGAGGUAGAAGUUUAUUAUUAUAAUAAUAUAGCGUGCACAAUCUUUCAUUAUUUUCAUUUUAAGUUAAUUGGGUUUGUUAUGAUUAUUUCUAUUCUACAUGUGUUACACACAUUCGAAUAAGAAAAAGACUAUGAGGUACUUCAACCUGUCAUUGAUGCAAUUGGCCAAUUCCAACUAAUCAUUGAUUAAAUCGGAGUUGGUCGAAGUGGCCCUAUAAAAGAUUAACGAUU